AUGUUAUUAUGCCGCUCUAAACACUUCCGCUUUUUUAUAUUAAACUCGCUGGUUCUUGCUCUAAGCUUCGUAUUACUAAUCGAGUCCAAGAAAGAACACGCAUGGCACUGCAUGGUGGAGAAAUGCUGCUCUAUCGAUUUUAGUAAAAUGAUGAGAUCCGUGGAUUAUGUGCUUUACGUCUGUGGCAUAAAGAAGGGCAAGAAGUUGCAUUACAAGCUUUAUUUUGACAGCGGCGGCAAAAUGGAUCUCAUUGCCUAUGAGCCCGUAAAGCAGCUUGAUGAGACGGAAUAUUGUGUUGCUGUUUGUAAUGUUGCUGAAAUUUGUUUUAAAAGCACAACAUUCACCGUAACUCCUAUUAAUAACGGUACGGCUGAAUGGUGUUUUGAAGGCAGUAUUGUUGUGGAGAAUGAAACUGUAUUUUAUGAAGAAAAUGUUUGCAUAAAAUUUUAUAAUUCAACAGUGGAAUUUCCGCCAUAUAUAGAGGAGUAUAUGAAGGCGCAUAAGCUUUGGUAG